AUGUCGCGCCUUUAUUAGCCUCGGCUCCAUUGAGGAAGAGCCCCUUCCUUUCGACUGAGCAAUUCUCCCGCAAGAAGCAAAGCGAACGGACCAGACAACGGGGCGAUGAUGCUAGGAUUCCUGGGGUCGGCGCUGCCUUUCUUGUUCUUGGUCCCUCUUUCGGUAUUUAUGCUAGUGCCGUAUAUCAGGAAGUAUUUUGGAGGAAGGGUGUGCAAGUCUACAGCACAACUGAAUGGAAAAAUUGUAGUGAUCACAGGAGCCAACACUGGUAUAGGGAAGGAAACUGCGCGAGACCUUGCAAGAAGAGGUGCGAAAGUCAUCCUUGCUUGCAGAGAUAUGGCAAAAGCAGAAAAGGCAGCCCAUGAAAUCCGGAUCAAGACGGGAAACCAAGGGGUUAUAGCAAAAAAAUUAGACUUGGCAGACACCAAAUCUAUCAGAGAAUUUGCCAGUAAUUUCUUGAAAGAGGAGAAAGAACUCCACAUACUCAUCAACAAUGCAGGUGUUAUGAUGUGCCCCUAUUCAAAGACAGCUGAUGGUUUUGAGACGCAUUUUGGAGUCAACCAUCUUGGACAUUUUCUUUUAACGUUCCUGCUAAUAGAGCGUCUGAAACAAAGUGCACCAGCUCGUAUUAUAAAUGUGGCUUCAGUGGCUCAUCAUAUCGGGCGCAUUCAUUUCAAUAAUCUCCAAGGUGAAAGAUUCUACUUCCGGGGCCUGGCAUACUCUCAUAGCAAGCUGGCCAAUAUUCUUUUCUCACGGGAAUUGGCUAGACAUCUGCAAGGUACUGGUGUCACUGUGAAUGCUCUGCAUCCAGGUACAGUUUUGUCUGAACUUGUUCGUCAUUCCUUUACACUAAAAGUUUUGUGGAACAUAUUUUCUAUCUUCUUGAGGACACCUUGGCAAGGAGCCCAGACCAGCAUACAUUGUGCGGUGACAGAGGAACUGGAGACAGUCAGUGGAAUGUAUUUCAGUGAUUGUAAACCAGCAAAUGUGUCAUCUCAAGGACGUAAGGAGGAAACAGCAAAGAAGCUUUGGAAUGUGAGUUGUGAACUCCUUGAUAUCCAGUGGAAUUGACCUGCAAAGGCCAGCUACAUCUGAAUCCCAUAUUUUGUAUACAAGACUAUGGAAAAGUGUUGCUUUCAUGUAAUUUUCAUAGUUGAUAGGACAUGUCCAUUUUUAAUAAAAGUGUUAAUCUCAGCUUUUCCAUUAAAAUAGAAGCUCAAGCAAUUGUUUAGUGUAUGGAACUAACCACGAUAAUACCAUGUUGAAG